UGCUGCAGGACUGCAGACAUUCACAGGAAGCUGGACCAGCAAUGGCUCUGCUGAAGGUUCUGCUGCUGCUGGGGCUGGGUGUUUCAGUGAACUCAGAUGUUUCUCUGCAGAAGAGAAUCAUUGGAGGUCAAAACUGUGAUGAAGGUGAGCGUCUUUAUCAUGUUCGGCUGGAGAGCAGCAGGGGUAAUGAAAGGAUCCGCUGUGGAGGAUCUCUAAUCCACCCUGAGUGGAUCCUGACUGUAACUCACUGCUGGAAGUCGGAGCCAGGAUGGACUAACAUAGCAAUACCAAAAGUUCAUCCACGGACUGUUAUACAGUACAAUAUCCGAUACAAUCCUGUGAUUUACGGCCAGUGGCAUGGCAUUAUGUUGCUGAAGCUUCAGAAACCAGUAACAGAUGUCCCAGUUGCUCGGCUACCAGACUGCAGUUAUCGUCUUAAAGUAGGCGAUGUUGUUCAGCUGGCAGGAGAGGGAGCAACAACCACUGGCCCCAAUAAUCAGCGAUUGCCCCCCGAUGCUGCUAUUCCAGCACAUCUUCAAUGUGUCGACAUGAGAGUUGCUCAUGCUUCCCAAGUCCAUCCAACACAUGGGCAUUUAUUCUAUGCUGAAGCACCGAACAAGGACAUUUGCUCGGGCGACGCUGGUGCAGCAGCUGUGUACAAUGACCUGAUUUACGGUGUGGUUUCUUUUGCUGGAACAAAGGCAUGUCAGAGAUCAACUGUAAUAUUGGAUGUGUGUGGAUAUCUGCAGUGGAUAAAAGCAACAACUGGGAUUCAAUAAAACAUAAACUAUCAUGAAAUAAAAUUCUCAUCAAAUUUCUUCUCACAUAUAAUUUUAUAGCUGUAUCUUAAUCAGUUUGAUCCACAUCUUUGUAGAAUUAGAAUAAAUCAAUAGUUUUGUUUUUUCUCACCUGAUCUUGACCUCCCUAAUGGAGCUUUCUCUGCACCUCAGAAAUGAAAAUUAAAUCAAUAAAUGCAUGAAAAAGAAA